CUCUGGCACCGGAUGCGACAUGGAUGGCGAGUGGAUAGUCACAUCAGAGCUUAGUUUUGGCUCCAAAAAAGCGAUGAAGGGGGCAUGCGGAAUUAGGGUUUCCAAUGAAGGAUUUGGUGCGGCUGAAUGUGGGUGCAAAUUGACGCAAGUUAUUAGGGUUUGCAAUGAAGGAUUUGAUGCAGGCCGACGAUUUCUGAGUUGUCCAUACGAGGGGUUAAACUCCUGUGGGUAUUUGAGGUGGAUGGAUGAUGCAUGGCAGGGCAGAUCAAGGGUGGUAAUUGGAAAGCUUGCAAAUGACAACCAGAAGCUACAAAAUGCUUUGCUUGACAAGGAACACGACAUUCAGAGGAUGAAGAAAGAGAGGAAUAAAUUAGAUGAGCAGAGGAAAAGUAGGGAAAAAUUAGAUUUGUUUCUAGUACUUGUUGUUCUUGCAAGUGUAGUGAUUUAUGCUCUAGUUGCAUUGGUUAGUAGGGGAUUUGUGUGAGGAUUUCAAGUAUGUGUGACUGUAUGAUGAACAAGUUUGUCAAGUUUGAAAAUUUUCAUGCCCA